AUGUACAACCGCUUCACCCCCGAAGAGUGGGCACAAGAAAACUACUACGCCUACUCGCGCAACAUCUCGCCUCCCCGCAAUCGCCACGAAGAACCAAGACCAGGGUACCACACAAACGACUACGGAACCGUCAGUCCGAUAAGAAGAAGAGCAUCAGGAUUGCAGAGGAGACCACGUGUUAAUUCUAUUCGCCAACCGCCACCGUGUGGAGUGGGUUGGUGGGAUGGAGACGAAGGUUGGAGGAACUACCGGGGUAGAGCGUACUGGGGGGAGACGAUGAGACGUGCUCGUCCAGGAUAUAGGUGA